AUGUCUUCGAACUAUGGCGAUGAGGAUGACUUUAUGAACAACUUACUGGCGGACAUGGAUGAAUCUUUGUUACGUACUCCUGUGAAACCUGGACCAUCGACCACUCGAACUCUCGCUAAACCGGUCAGCCGUCCAGACUUCUCUGGUUAUAGCAACCAAAGGCCCAAAACAGUAGCCAAACGGGAGCUGGCGUUACCAACCAGUAACACACCUAAGCCUAAGCCGUCUGUGGAAUUUACGCCUUCCAGAGUACCCAUCGACCAAACAGUUUUAACCACUCAACUCUCGUCCCGAAAACCAGCAUUAAUCAAUGACGACAUAGAAGACUUUCAUCUUCCGUUGCCUGAAGAACAACUGCCCAGACGUGUUACCACCAAGACCCCUGCACAUCCUAGAGCUGCACCCCCACAUUCACCAGAAACGACUACACGGGCUCAAGUCAAAUGGGUUGAAAGACAAGAGAACGGCUUGUAUCCGCAAAUACGUGUUUUGGCCAUCGAUGAGACAACCUCGGAGGUCUUGGAAGUCAUUUUGAAGGAUGACUGGGAAUCGACGAGGAUAAGGCUUGGGGACAUCAUCAACGUUCUAGGCGACUUCAGCGAGCUACUUCAAAAAGUGUCAAUUUCAGAUUCUGAAACUCCUGCUUUGAUACCUACUCGGACGAUAACCAUAUCAUCUGCGAAAAACAUACUCGUCCUACACCCAGACCUCUUAUUACCGAUCACAGCUAUCUCCAAUGCGUCAGUUUGUCCACGGAAACCUUUGCUUGGCAUGAUGGUUCCUACUCCUACUUUUCCGCCUUCAUUAAUUCCCCUUCCCCCCUCGCCCGAAACCUCAGAGGAUAAACCUGCAAAGGGGCCAGGCCAGGAUAAAUCUCAAGAACCACUAGUUUGGGGUAAUCUUUUGCACGAAGUCGUGCAAGAUUGCCUCGCAGCCGGUACAUGGUCCAGGGCUUCUAUCAUCUCCGCAAUCAACCGGGUACUCCGUGACCCUGCUUCGCUCAGCCAGCUCUUUAGGGUGGAUCGAAGUUUGAAAGAGGCAGAAGAUGAAUGA